GUGAUGUGCCCAGAUGGAAUAAAAUAGCUUCAAGAAACCCUAUCACUCAUUUCCCCAUCGUCAAAUGUUCCUCGCAAUUCUUCAACUAUGAAGCGGAUGUUAAGAGUCUCACACCAUGAAUUGCUCUUUCACAAUUUUUUUGGAGUUCUUACGAAACCCUCUGCGAUUUCAUCUCCUUUGGGAGCAGCGGCGCAGUCGUACUGUGCUUCGUCAUCGUCAUCUCAAUACGUAUGGCCGAAUAUCGUUGGUCUGUUCGCAGGAAAGUGGAGCUAUGGCGAUUCAUUAAUCAUGAAUGAUCUAAGAGAUAAGGUCUCGGAGUUGAGGGAUGAGCUAGUGAUGCACAGCGGCGAUGUUGAAAUCCUCCAUAAAUUAUUGGAAGAGAAAGGAAAUCCAUUGUUUCGAAAGUACCACGAUGGUGCUGCUGUUAUUGAGCUCAUGAGGCAGCUAGGUUCGUCCCCUCAAUUAGCCAUUGAGGUUUUCAAUUGGAGAAGAGAAAUAGACUAUGCCAUUCCUAUAGUAGCAGAGGAGUAUUCCAAGGGCAUUCGUAUGGCAGGUAGGUUGCAAAAUGUUGAGCUUGCUGCACAGAUCUUCAGAGAAGCUUCAAACAAGCAAGUAAAAACAACAUCCAUCUAUAAUGCACUCAUGGGUGCGUACAUGUAUAAUGGUUUGGCUGUGAAAUGCCAAUCUAUAUUUGAAGAAAUGAAGAAGGAAGGAAGCUGUUCUCCAACGAUAGUAACAUAUAACAUUCUUAUUUCUGUGUUUGGGCGGUUAUUGCUGGUAGAUCAAAUGGAAGAAACCUAUCGCGAGGCAGCUUGGAGAAGAUGGAGGAAACUUAUGAGUUAGUCAAAGAUCACGUUGAUCACAAUGAAAUCGC